AUGUUGGGUCUACUGGUCAGCGUUCUUCUACUGCUUUAUGUAGGACCGGAAAGGGUUGAUGCGGUGUCCAUCACAACCGUGACGGUGCCGGAUCGAGGCGGUUGGGUGGUGAUGUGGCCCCGCCCAGGUGACCCUACCUGGGUGAACCGGAUAGAGUUCAGGUGUGAAUAUAUCAUCUCACCUGCCUCGGCCACUCCUCCUACAAUCACCUGGCUAAAGGGAGUGUUUGCCGACGCAGACCGACAGGUGGUCUACAAGUGGAGUUCAUCAGGAGAAGUCUACGUCCAUCCCGAGUUCGCAGGCCGGGUCAGCGUGGAGUCCCGAACCCGCCCGACUCUCGUGCUGACCGACGCGAAGUUUGACGACUGGGGCCGAUACUGGUGUCGGGUUACGAACGAGGACCAGUCGGACGAGUUCGGCACGAACGAGGAGUCUCUGCUCUUCUGGUACAAGUUGGGCUACGACCCACCGAACCGUCUGUCGCAGGUUAGCCUUGACAAAACCCCAGUCCGCGUGGCUGCUGGCGAGACGGCUCGGCUCGACUGUACGGGAACCAGCGGCCGUGAAGCCUCCAUUCUCUGGGUCAAAGGGCCGACGGGUUGUACCCAAGGUGGAAGCUGUGACACUUACGAGACUGUCAUUCACAAGUCCGCCGUGUGGGGCGCUGGUAAUCCAGAACCGGAAAACAUCACCAUCUCCCCCAGCUUCAACGGAAGGGUUUCCCUGGAUGCCGACGGGUCUGGCUCCUUCACUCCGACCCUGACCAUCACCGACAUCCGCCCUAGCGACUCCGGCCGGUACUGGUGCGCUCCUGACAUCUCCGAGGAUUACUCUAACCUGGGUCCUCUGAACCGGGACGCGCAGUCUGUGGUCAUCAUCGUCAACGACCCAGGUACCGAGCCGACCUGUGCCGGUAAGCCGGACGGGAUGUACCAGCACCCCGCCGACUGUGCCCAGUUCUACACGUGCUCGGGCGGUCUGUCUUACGGCACCAACACCUGCCCAGCUGGACUGGUCUUCAACCAGGAACUACAGCUGUGCGACUGGGCAAACAACGUCAUCUGUGUGUAAAUGACGGUUUAAUGACCAAUCCACGGGUGCCAGCGUUGGCUGUCGUAGGUUUUCAUAGCAUG